UAACAGGAGAGAAGCAGCUGAACGCGUACAGUAGACGCGUCGCGCAGCGGAGGAGACACACACCUGAGGAAUAGCGGCGCGAUGGCUGAUCAUCUGAUACAGAUCAAUGACUCUUCCGCCGCAGUCAAUCGAUUCGCGCGGAAAGGAGCUCUGCGACAGAAGAACGUGCACGAAGUUAAAAACCACAAAUUUAUCGCUCGGUUCUUCAAGCAGCCCACAUUCUGCAGCCACUGCACCGACUUUAUCUGGGGAUUUGGAAAACAAGGCUUCCAGUGCCAAGUGUGCUGUUUUGUGGUCCACAAAAGGUGCCAUGAGUUUGUUUCAUUCUCCUGUCCAGGGGCCGACAAGGGUCCUGACACAGAUGAUCCCAGGAGCAAGCAUAAGUUCAAGAUCCACAGCUACGGCAGUCCCACCUUCUGCGACCACUGCGGAUCGCUGCUGUACGGCCUCAUACACCAGGGGAUGAAAUGCGACACCUGUGACAUGAACGUUCAUAAGCAGUGUGUGAUGAACGUGCCAAGUCUGUGCGGGACCGACCACACCGAACGCAGAGGAAGACUGUUCCUCAAGAUCGAGGUCAGCGGAGACAGACUCCAUGUCACAGUGGGUGAGGCCAGAAAUCUGAUUCCCAUGGACCCCAAUGGUCUGUCAGACCCGUAUGUGAAGCUCAAACUCAUCCCAGACCCCAAGAAUGAGACCAAACAGAAGACCCGGACCAUCCGCUCCUCGCUCAACCCCACCUGGAACGAGUCCUUUAUCUUUAAGUUAAAGCCAUCGGAUAAGGAGCGCCGUCUCUCUGUGGAAGUGUGGGAUUGGGACAGAACCACCCGUAAUGACUUCAUGGGCUCCAUGUCCUUUGGUGUGUCUGAGCUGAUCAAAGCUCCUACAUGUGGCUGGUAUAAAAUGUUAAACCAAGAGGAGGGUGAGUACUACAACGUGCCCAUUCCAGAGGAGAACGACAUUAACCUGGAGCUGCGGCAGAAGUUUGAGGCCUGUCAGUUCAAUAUCCACCUGCUGAAGAAAGCCAAGCUUGGUCCUGGAAAGAAAGUCAUCACUCCCACUGAUCACAGACGCUUCAGUUUACCAUCCGGAAACAUGAACAGAGUUCAACUCAAUGACUUCCAUUUCCUGGCUCUUCUGGGAAAAGGCAGUUUUGGGAAGGUGAUGUUGGCAGAGAUGAAGUCCAGUGAGGAGUUGUAUGCCAUUAAAAUCCUGAAGAAGGACGUGGUGAUUCAGGAUGAUGAUGUGGAGUGCACAAUGGUGGAGAAGAGAGUGCUGGCCCAGAGAGAUAAGCCACCUUUCCUCACCCAGCUGCACUCCUGCUUCCAGACUGUGGAUCGUCUAUACUUUGUAAUGGAGUACAUUAACGGUGGAGACCUGAUGUAUCACAUCCAGCAAGUGGGCAAGUUUAAGGAGCCACAAGCCGUAUUCUAUGCAGCAGAGAUUGCUGUCGGACUCUUCUUUCUUCAUAGGAAGGGAAUUAUUUACAGAGAUCUGAAGUUGGACAACGUGAUGUUGGACUCCGAGGGCCACAUCAAGAUCGCAGACUUCGGCAUGUGUAAGGAAAAUAUGUAUGAGGGCAUGACAACACGCACCUUCUGUGGAACGCCGGAUUACAUCGCCCCGGAGAUAAUCGCCUAUCAGCCGUAUGGGAAAUCGGUGGACUGGUGGGCGUACGGUGUGCUCCUCUACGAGAUGCUGGCUGGGCAGCCUCCAUUUGAUGGCGAGGACGAGGAUGAGCUGUUUCAGUCCAUAAUGGAGCACAACGUGUCCUACCCCAAAUCCCUGUCUAAAGAGGCAGUGUCCAUCUGUAAAGGGCUGAUGACGAAGCAUCCAUCUAAGCGUCUAGGUUGCGGUCCAGAGGGUGAGAGAGAUAUAAAGGAGCAAGCUUUCUUCCGCAGAAUUGACUGGGAACGGUUGGCCAACAGAGAGAUUCAGCCUCCAUUUAAACCCAAAGUGUGCGGCAAAGCGGCGGAGAACUUCGACAAAUUCUUCACCCGCACGCAGCCCAUGCUGACCCCUCCAGACCAACUGGUCAUCGCCAACAUCGACCAGAGCGAAUUCGCUGGAUUCUCUUUCAUAAACCCAGAGUUCAUUCACCCAGCAUCGCUUCACAGUGUGGUAUGAGACGGCCCGAUGAAGAAGAGGACCGCCUGUCCAGUUCAAACUAAUAACCACGUCCAUGUUAUUUAUGAACUCACCAAAUCUUUGUAGACAGUUGAAUACCCUUUAUCUGAACAUAUCUGAACUGAGGAGGGCUGGAGAAGGGGGUUUGAUGGCUGAAUGGAAAUGUAUCAUAAAGCAUGUGUACGCAUUCAGGCAGUAUCUAAUGGAGAUGAUGUGAGAUCUGUUCCAUAGACUGGUGAGCAUUUUAAGGCACCGCAGACUCGUUCCCAGAAAAUGAUUCUUUUACGAGGUUCCACCUUGGUUAGGAUGCUGCUUGUGUAGGCAGUAGACAGAAAGGCAGCUCUCUAGGCUUUGAAACAGAGCCAUUAUGUCCUCAUAGCAACGAUAAGUCAUCUAAUGCCUGUUUGCUGAUAGAUGUUAUGUGCAGGCCCAGUAUAUUUUACAAAACGCAGAUAUUUUUGAAGGUGGAGAUGUCGAAUGAUCCCUUUUUCCAGUCCUCAGAUUCUUUGUGUGUGAAGCAUGCUGACAUGAAACAGGUUUUUGUGUCCUAUUCCUUAUAUCCUCUACUGCCAUUUCUAAUGUUCCUGAAUUAUAUAUUUGUAAAUCUAAAAAAUAUCUUGUUAUAGGAGUGCCAAAAUAUAACUGCAUCAAAAGGUUUUUUAUAUCCAGCUCUAUAUAUGCAUAUUGAUUUCCUACUAGAUCUCUUGGUGGUGUCCCUUAUCUAGGGCUGAAACUUGAACCCUUAUCGCUCCUCGAGUUUUAGCAUGACAACUUCCAAUCCCGUCACUGCCUGCUCGCCUGGUUCCUACAUAUUCAACAUAUACACAACUUUUUCUCUCGCUCUAAAUGUAUGAAUUGUGAUUCCUCGUCUGUAAUGCGCAGGCCUAAACACCCGCAGAAUCCUGCAGAGAAUUAGAUCACCUGUCCUACUCAUCUGCUUGCAUGUUUGUUUUUAUUAAAUUCUUCUGAUAAUCUAAUAAUACUGUUUCAUUUAAUAUAUUUUACCAUGAUUAAAUCCAUCCCGCAGAUUUUCUGUCAUGAUCAGCACAAAAAGUCUGCAGAUUGAUAAAGAAUAAACAUUUAAACCAAACUGAGUCUCUUCUGAUAGAAAUGCAUAUGGCCUUUGAUUUAACACAUGCAUAUUAUGCUAAAGAAAACUACCACUGCUACAAAUUAAAGGAGAAGUCCACUUCCAGAACAAAAAAUUACAGAUAAUGUACUCACCCCCUUGUCAUCCAAGAAAUUAUGUUUUUGAGGAAAACAUUUCAGGUUUCAUACAGUGGACUGUUAUGGUGCCCCGAGUGUGAACCUCCAAAAUUUAGUUUAAAUGCGGCUUCAAACGAUCCCAAAUGCGGUUGUAAACAAUCCCAGCCGAGGAAGAAGAGUCUUAUGUAGCAAAAUGAUCAGUUAUUUUCAUAAAAAUGAUACAAUUUAUAUACUUUUUAAUGUCAACUCGUCUUUGCCCGAACUCUGUUUUUUUCCCGUUCAUGACAGUUAGGGUAUGUCGAAAAACUCAACUUCAACAUCGUCCUAUAUCACUGUCUUACCAUUUUUGUUAAUGGUGUUUGAUCUUCUUUUAAUGUUCGCUUUGCAAAGACUUGGUCAGUACUUAUGCAGUGAUGUAGCAUGAUUUUGAAAUAAUUUUUGAAGUUUUGAAGCUGAAGGGAGAAAAUAUGAUUGUUUUUCGACAUACCUGUCUUGUACCAGAAUACACAGAGUUCAGGCAGAGCAAGACAAGACGAGUUAAAAUUUAAAUGGUAUUUUUUUAAAUGAAAAUAACCAAUUGUUUUGCUAAAUAAGACCCUUCUUCCUCAGCUGGGAUCAUUUACAACUGCAUUUGGGAUCAUUUGAAGUUGCAUUUUGGAAGUUCAAACUCGGGGCACCAUAUCAGUCCAUUAUAUGGAGAAAAAUCCUGAUAUGUUUUCCACAGAAAACAUAAUUUCUUUACGACUGAAGACAUGAACAUCUUGGAUGACAAGGAGGUGAGUUUUUAAUUUACAUUAUCUGUAAUUUUUUGUUCUGAAAGUGGACUUCUCUAAAGAACAUGUAAUGAAACAAAAAAUAUGUUGUACUUGAAGUGUCUAAAACCUGUUAGGACAUAUUGCACCCCAGAAAAGAUUUUAGAACCUUUUAUUUUAUUUUAUUUUAUUUUAUUUAUUUAUUUUAUUUUAUUUUUUUUUUUUUUUUUUUUUUGCAUUGUGACAUUUACAGGACUGUUAAGCACUUUUACCUUAAAUGCUAAAUAAAUAAAUAAAUAAACUUAUUUACCUUUACUUUAAUGUGAUAUAAUGUGAAAUUUAGAUGAUCUGUUUACUGUACAUUAAGUAUUUUUAAAUCAUGGUAGUCUUUGUGGUAUAUACUGCUUAUUAUUUGACAAUAAUGAGAAUCUAAUGAAAAUCACCAAUGGGAGCAAAGAGAAUUACAGAAAAAGUAAAAAAACAUUAUGUAAUGAAAAUGUGUGUAACUGUCUAAACAAUUAUGCCACAAUGCAAAAACUCCUAAAGGCCUUCAAAUACACUUUCUUUUUAUAUAAAUCAUCACAGUUUAUGACUCCCUAAUGCCCAACAUGAUUUGGUGACAAAUGUUAGAUCAGUUAUGUAUAACUUCUAAUAUAACCCUGUCUCUGGUAGUGUUUCUGUUCUCUGGUGAUCAGUACUCUUCGUGUUAAACUACAUGUUCUUAUCAAAGGGAGCUUUCCAGUAUAUAUCGGAUAUUUUUAUCUUUUUAGGUCUUAGUUUACAGUCAUCUUGCAUUUUUGCUCUGUGAGUACUUUUAUGUAGAGCGCUAUGUUUACUGUUACACUAAAGGUACACUAUAUAUACCAAGAUUUUUGUAAAUACAGAGAAAGCAUACAUUAUCCUGCAGAUUUUAUACUAAGAACUGAAUGUGCUUUUACUAACUUAGAUGGUUUCUAUGUUUAGACGAUCCAAAAAGACUAGUUUGGCUAAUUUGAGAUAGCUUUGGUAUCUGCAAACCUUUGUUAUAUGUAACUCUUGUAUUUAUCUGCUCUGUUUUCUAUGCUGAUAGUAUAUAAGUGUAGGAGCUGUAUGUAGACUGACUGGGCUCUGUGAAUGUACGCAGUGCUCCUACAUACCGUACGUGUGUUUGUACUGCAGCUGCUGUGUGCAUGUGGGGCAAAUUGGCGCAUGCAAAACGUGUUGCAUGAUUCCAGGAAUCCGGAGUCCUCUAGCAUGGAAUGACUGUCACACACCGAGUACCAUAUCUGUCCCACCUCAGCUCUCUUCCUUUGUGUUUGUUGCUUUCGUUCCUGUUUAGUUUCAGUCGGUGGAUGAAGAUUUAGACUCUGUAAUGCGUAGAUUCUGACCACUGCUGAGCAACUUUGUCUGUGUGACAACAGGGUAAAGAUGGAAAAGUCAAUUUUACCAUACUUCAGACAUCAUUUUAUGUAUUCUAGUAAAAAAAAGUACCUCAGAAAUGCUGUAUUUACACAUUAGAUGAUUGCUCAGUUUGGGCUCUAGUCUUGUGCCAAGCCCUCGGUGGAAAUACUGUAGCUAUCAGGUGCACCAUUGUUGAAUUUCACCACUGAUUUGUCAGUAUAAGCACAUUUUUUGAAUCUGUCAUUUUUCAGUAUAUAUUUUAGAAAUGUAAUAGACCUGAUGUUUGAUGCCCCUGUGUAUGAAAGCAAAAGCAAGUAGAUAUUCCAGGUGUUUAUUUCUUCAUUCAUUCAGAAGUAAAUGAAUACAUGAUGAAUGGAAACAGAGCCGGUCCUCUUUUGAAGUGAUUCAGAAAGUUUUUAAAGCGGUUGUCUUGCAGGAUGCAGGUUUACACAAGUGUCUCACAUUGAGAGUAUUUGGGAAUUUAACGUUCAUGUGUUUGAUGGUGGGUUUUCUGCAUGUGAGGCGGCAUUCCAACAUUCCCUGAAAAUAUGAAGUAUAUGAACAUUCCACCCAGCCAUUUCUUAUUAGAGAUUCUAUCAGGAAUUAUAAAUAUAAAUUUAUCAUUAUUAUUAUUAUUCAGUUAUGGAUUCCAGGACAGUGUUUUAGUUUCAAUAGGUUAAUUCACUCAUCUUUGUUUUUCUUUACAAAAUUUUGUCCCUCUGUUCUUUGUGAAGGAAAAUGUGUAUAAAUAAAUGUAUGACAAAAGUGA